AUGCCUCCUUCUGCUCUUGACCCGGUCGCGACAUCCUUUAAACCCUCUGAAGCCACUCAAAAUGCCUUGAAAGACGAUCAGACUGCCACCUGCACACCAACAACGUCGACCCCCACCUCCAACCCCGCACACGAAGAAUACCAAUAUCUCUCCUUGAUUCGCGAAAUCCUCACAAAUGGCGAGCAUCGUCCCGACCGCACAGGAACAGGCACCUAUGCCGCACCAUUCCCCCCACAAAUGAAGUUCGCCCUAUCAAAACCAUCCUCCGACCCCUCACAACCACCCAUCCCAAUCCUCCCCCUCCUCACAACCAAACGUGUAUUCCUGCGCGCCGUAAUAGGGGAACUGCUGUGGUUUGUUGCAGGCAGCACGCACAGCAAACCUCUCUCCGACGCCGGCAUCAAGAUCUGGGAUGGCAAUGGCUCACGCGAGUAUCUGGACAGCGUCGGUCUAAGCCACUACGAAGAAGGGGAACUGGGACCCGUAUACGGCUUCCAAUGGCGACACUUUGGCGCAGAAUACAAAGGCCACGACGCAGACUACACGGGCCAAGGCAUCGACCAAAUCGCCGAGAUCAUCGACAAACUCAAGAACAAACCCUACGAUCGCCGCAUCAUCCUCAGCGCCUGGAACCCGGCUGAUAUCAAGAAAAUGGCUCUCCCGCCUUGCCACAUGUUUGCGCAAUUUUACGUCAGUUUUCCGGGACACAAGCAGGGCCAGGAGAGACCGAGAGGGGUUCUGCAUUCGCUGCUGUACCAGCGCAGUUGCGACAUGGGUCUUGGUGUGCCCUUCAAUAUCGCGAGUUAUGCGCUGCUGACGCACAUGCUGGCUCAUGUGUGUGACUUGACGCCCGGCACUUUUACACACACCAUGGGCGAUGCGCAUGUGUAUGCGGAUCACGUCGAGGCGCUCAAGCUGCAACUGCAGCGCGAACCGAGAGAGUUUCCAGAGUUGAAGAUUAAUAGGGAGAUUGGAGGGAGUAUAGAUGGGUGGAAGGCGGACGAUUUCGAGGUCGUGGGGUAUAAACCGCAUGCGAGCAUCGCUAUGAAGAUGAGUGUAUGA